GCCGAGGCGCGGGAGGAGGAGAAGCGGCGGGGAGGCGCUGCCGCUCACCUGCGGGGCAGGGCGCGGAGGAGGGACCAGGCUGCGCGCUCUCCGGCUGAGGAGCUGGGACGCGCCCGCAUCCCCGCACGCGGCCAAGCUCGGGGCGUCCCCCUCCCCCGGGCCUGGCGAACCCGAGGGGUGAAGCUCGUUGCUUUGACAAGCGGUGCGGCGGAGGCGUGGAGAGCGGCGAGCAAAAGAGCGAGCGAGCCAGACUGAGGAAACUCGAGACGGGAACAAAGAGGGGUCGGGUUGUGUGUGUGUGUGUGUCUGUGUGUGUGUGUGUCGGCUCCAGCUCGCGGCAGACUCUUUUGGGUCCCAGGCCCCUGCUGUGACUCCCCGAGACCCAGCCGUGCCCUCCACUGCCGACUCCCUGCACUCGCCGACACAAACUUUAUUGGCAAACUUCUUCUCUUUCUCUUUCCCUCCUCCUCCGCCCCCACCUUUUCCUCCGGCAGAUUAAAUGCUCCUGGAGAAGGAAAACCGAAGCGAAAGGGAAGGAAAUAAGAAGCUUUAAAACGGACAUCUCCAAUCCGGGUGGCUCUUUAUUUUUUUUAUCCUCCAGGAAGUGGACAUUUCGUUAUCUUCUGAUUCUCUUUGCACCGUCUCUACUGGGACAAACGGAGCCGUUUUGCCUAGCUCCCUUCUUUUCUUGGAAAACAGACUCGCAGAUCGGCAUCUGGGAAAGCAAAGGUGGAGAGAUUUGCGUAGAGACGCGCCGACGGACUCUCCACUGGCCUUUGGAGAGUCGAAACUCCUCCGGAACUGGCGUCCUCCGCGCGCAGACCCCGGAGACGCUGGGGGCGUGGGGCGGCCGCCCGGGCAGCCUAGCCUAGCGCGCGGCACAGACGCCCCCAGAGGUGCCGGCUGCGGCGGCCCUCGCAUCGCUGUGUCUUUCGGCGUCGGGGACGGGCGCGGGCGUAGGUCUUCGCGGAGUGGGAAGGCGCGGGCGGCCACCGGGGCGCGGGCGCCGCUGCAGCAGCUCCGGCUGCCGGCCGCCAGCCCGGCGCUCUCCAGCCCGGCUUCCGCCCUCUCUCCUCCCUCACGCAUCCUUCCAAUUCUCCUUUUCCUCCUCCCCUUUUCGUUGACCCCUUCUCUUUUCUGCUGUCGCCUGGGGUGCUCCCCCAGCGGAGCGGAGAUUACAGAGUGGUCGGGAUGCCCCAACUCUCCGGGGCAGGCGGCGGCGGUGGGGGGGACCCGGAACUCUGCGCCACGGACGAGAUGAUCCCCUUCAAAGACGAGGGCGAUCCCCAGAAGGAGAAAAUUUUCGCCGAGAUCAGUCACCCUGAAGAGGAAGGUGACUUAGCCGACAUCAAGUCUUCCUUGGUUAACGAGUCCGAAAUCAUCCCGGCGAGCAACGGACACGAGGUGGCCAGACAAGCACAAACCUCUCAGGACUCCUACCACGACAAGGCCAGAGAACACCCUGAUGACGGAAAGCAUCCAGAUGGAGGACUCUACAACAAGGGACCCUCUUACUCGAGUUAUUCCGGGUACAUAAUGAUGCCAAAUAUGAAUAAUGACCCAUACAUGUCAAAUGGAUCUCUUUCUCCACCCAUCCCGAGAACAUCAAAUAAAGUGCCCGUGGUGCAGCCAUCCCACGCCGUCCAUCCUCUCACCCCCCUCAUCACUUACAGCGAUGAGCACUUUUCUCCAGGAUCACACCCGUCACACCUCCCAUCGGAUGUCAGCUCCAAACAAGGCAUGUCCAGACAUCCUCCAGCUCCCGAGAUCCCUACCUUUUAUCCCCUGUCUCCGGGUGGUGUUGGACAGAUUACCCCACCUCUUGGCUGGCAAGGUCAGCCUGUAUAUCCCGUCACGGGAGGCUUCAGGCAACCCCACCCAUCCUCCCUGUCAGUCGACACUUCCAUGUCCAGGUUUUCUCAUCAUAUGAUUCCCGGUCCUCCUGGUCCCCACACAACUGGCAUCCCACAUCCAGCUAUCGUAACGCCUCAGGUCAAACAGGAACACCCGCACACUGACAGCGACCUAAUGCACGUGAAGCCUCAGCAUGAACAGAGAAAGGAGCAGGAGCCGAAAAGACCUCACAUUAAGAAGCCUCUGAAUGCUUUCAUGUUAUACAUGAAAGAAAUGAGAGCGAAUGUCGUAGCUGAGUGCACUCUAAAGGAAAGCGCAGCUAUCAACCAGAUUCUAGGCAGAAGGUGGCAUGCCCUCUCUCGCGAAGAGCAGGCUAAAUAUUAUGAAUUAGCGCGGAAGGAAAGACAGCUACAUAUGCAGCUCUAUCCAGGCUGGUCUGCAAGAGACAAUUAUGGUAAGAAAAAGAAGAGGAAGAGAGAGAAACUACAGGAAUCUACAUCAGGUACAGGUCCAAGAAUGACAGCUGCCUACAUCUGAAACAUGGUGGAAAACGAAGCUCCUUCCCAACGUGCAAAGCCAAGGCAGCGACCCCGGGACCUCUUCUGGAGAUGGAAGCUUGUUGACCACCCAGACUGUCUCCACGGCUUGCCCAGUCGACCCCAAAGGAGAAAUGACACCAACUUCACCCUGAGGUCACUGCUAGAGACGCUGAUCCAUAAAGACAAUCACUGCCAAACCCCCUUUCAUCUACUGCGAGAGCCAAGUUCCACAAUCAAAAGCAUACAAGGUUUUUCAAAAGAAAAAAAAGCACAUGAGAAUGCUAGCGGGCCCUGGGUCAGCUGAGCAGCUUUCCUCCCCCGUCUCCGCCGUGCACUUCCCAGAGCAUCCCGCCUCCAUACCUGUAACCUCCUGGCAAGGACAGUAAGUUGGGCCGCUCUUGCCUGCCCCGAGCACCAGGAGCGGCCGCGGCACAGCCGUCAGCGUCCUGGGGGGAACUUGUGGAAGAGUUCCCUCUUUGUUUCUGGCUUCAUGUUUGUUUCUCUUUUCCUCAAGCUUUUAUUUAACAGUGCAAAAGGAUCGAUCUUGUUUGCUUCUUUUUUUUUUUAAACUUGAAUUUUUAAAAUUUACACUUUUUAGUUUUAAUCUCCUUGUAUAUUUUGCUAGCAAUGAGCUUUUUAAGUAAAAUCGAAAGAUCUGGAAGAGUCUGAAAUAAAAACGAAAUGAAAAGAAGCCUUCUUCUUUUGAGGGCUAUCUUGUCCGCUAAGGGGCUUCUCCGUGAAUUGCCUGUCAUAAUAGUGGCCUGUCUUUGUCAGGUGUCCGAUAGAGCUAAGUAAACCUAACAGUCCACUGUGUGGGUGGCAGUUGGCAGUCCUCUUUCAUUUUAUUUUUCUUAUGAUCUCUUCUUUUUUAAAUGGUAAACCUUAACAGAUACCUUUCAGCAGACCAGUUUGCAGUGAAUUUUCAUUUCUUUCCUUCUCACCCUCUUGUAAAAAGCCCAGCACUUGAAUUGUUAUUACUUUAAAUGUUCUGUAUUUGUAUCUGUUUUUAUUAGCCAAUUAGUGGAAUUUUAAGCCAGUUGUUAAAAUGAGCAUUGAUGUACCCAUUUUUUUUUAAACAGCAAGGCACAGCCUUUGCCCAAAACUGUCAUCUAACGUUUGUCAUUCCAGUUUGAGUUAACGUGCUGAGCAUUUUUUUAAAAAAGCUUUGUAAUAAAACAUUUAAAAACAA